AUGGUUGCUCCAAAAACCUUGAAUGAAUUUGAACCAUCUGAAAAUAGCAAUAAAAAUACUUAUAACCCAGAGAGCAAUAAUAAUGAUAAGACAAAAACUAGUGAUUCAACUGAAGAUCUGGAUAUUCACAUUGAGCCGAAAUAAGAAAGUAAUAGCCUUGCAGAUUUUAAUUAAACAAAAUCCGUUCAGCCUGAAAUGAAUAAUGAAGUAAGUGAUACAACCGACCAAACUCAGAAUAAUGACGCAAUUAAAGUUGAGAACUAUGAAGAUAAUUAAAACUUUUCAAAUUAAGCAUCAAAUUAAACAAUUGAAACUCUUUAUAAACCAGAUUCUGAACUCUUGCCAGAACAUCUUGUGGUCACUGAUGAAACAUUGAUUCAGGAAGAAGGUGUUAGAUACAGAUUCACUCGUCUCUCAGCUGAUGUAUAAUCAGACGAUGAAGUAAGAGAAAAAGCUGACAUAUUGAAAUGGGCAUGCUUGGGUGUUGGACUUGGACUUUACCUGCUUGCAAUCAUUUUCUUUGUGUUUUUCCUAAGAUACAAACAGAAAGAGGAGGUACUUGCCUAAGUCUAGUCUAACGAGAUAGUUAGAGAGGUGCAGUACAACAAUUUUAAUCCUAUAAUUUUACGCAAAGCCUUAUUAAUUUAACAUUUAUUAUUCUUAAUGGCCGAUCUUCUCAUAGCUCAUGCUAAUGAUGACUCAAAUCUAUACAUGCUUCCUAGUGACUGCUAGUACGACGACUAAAAUGAUGCUGAAGAAGAUGAGGAUUUAGAAUAAUUUGAUCCUAAAGAAGAUGAUUACGAUUCAGAUGUUUAUAUAUUCAAUUACGAGGACAAAGCACUAGAGUAAUAUAAGGGUAUUCAUCCAGGAAAUAACGAAGAUGCUGGAGGUUCUGGUGGUCUUAAGUAUUCCUGCCCAGAGACAGGCGCUCAUUUUGAAAUUAGGGAUAUUUCUAAAAGACUUUAAUACGUUCAAAAACUAAGGGCUUGUCUGGAUGAAGCUUGGGGUUUAAACUAAGCUAAAAACUAAGAAACUGCAAGUCAACCAAAAAAUGCAAAAGCCUAGCUCAACUAAACUGGUUCGCAAAACAGAUCUGACUCAAAUAAAUCCAAAAAUCUUUCAAAGUAUCUUAGCUAGGAACCAUAGAAUAUGAAUGCUUAGAAGUAUAGUGAAAGCCGGAAUUCAAUGAUGAAGAAUCUUGAAAACAUCAAGUCAACUACUGGUGGAACGCAAUCUCAAAUGCAUAGAGAUUAAAUAUCAGCUGAAAAACCUCAGCAAAUAAUCAAUCAAAAUAUAAUCAUAAAUUACUAUAGUAACAACCCUGAAGCCAUUAAUAACCUUGCUUAGUCAAGAGAUAACUAACAGCUAAAUCUUUCAAAAUAGUAGAAACUAUCAUAAAAUUAGAAAAUUGAUAAAUUAGUUAGACCACUUAGUAACGGAUCAGGAAGAUCAGGCAAAUAAAAAUUGCAAGUCUACUCUUAAAACCAAUAGUCUUUCAAGCAAAGCUACAUGGAGGAUGGAUCAAGAAACAUGGAGAUUGGCUCUAAAUUGGAUGAUAUUUAAUAACUAUACAUGAGUUCUUAUAAUCAAACAAAAGGAUCAACAAAUAAUAGAGUAAACAUCAAACAGUAAAAUCCCAUGAAUGGCAUCAUUAGUCAGAGGAAGAGUGCAGCUAUGCCAGGCAUCAACCUAAAUGGGAGAGACUCAUCAUCAAAUACCAAAUCCCCUACAAUGAAUCUUUCUUAAUUCAAGGGUGAAUCCCCUAACUAAAAGCUCAUGGUAGGAUUGCUGCUUUAAUAAAUUUAACUAUAGAAUAAACUUAAACAGUCAAAUGAUUAUCAAAAGAGCUAUAAUAUGUAUGACUUAAAAAUGAGUGGCUAAAAGGAUCUUAAAAACAUGACUGGUCUCAAUUCAUCAAAUUAAUUUAGAACAGUAGAUAACAGAAAGUAUGUUGUCAAUAAUUAAAAUAACAGAAUGACUAAAAAUUUUGAUAUUCAGUUGAUUGGUGGAAAUAUAGAGCCAUCUAAUGUACAUGAUUUCAUCAUUGCAAAUAAUGCAUAACUGAAUCAUAUGAAAAAUCUGACUAAAAAUUAGCCUAAUGGAAUCACUAGAAAUAUGAAUACUUCUUUUGACGAGGCAUUUUCAUCAGCCUCUCAAGUAAAUAAGCACAAAAGGCAUUCAUCUAUAGGUACAUCUUUCCAAGGUACAAAUUACACUAAUGGAAACACAUCAAGUCUAGGAAUUGCUUUCUAAGGCAACAUAUUGAUGAAAGCGCAGCAUGUAAAGAAUAAUGCUGUCGCAGUAUUAAACAAUAACAGCAACAACAUAGGAUAAAACUUAGUAAAUGAAAAUGAAUUGUAUGUGACUAAUACUAGCAGCAAAAAGAGCAAAAUGCAGCAGGUAUUGAGUCAAGUAGCAAAUUAUAAUAGAAGCACAAGAAAUCAAGAAAUAAAUGAUUAUGGCGUUACAUCUAAAUCUGCUAUGGGCUCAACAAAGCAUCAAAGAUAGCAAUCAGAUGUUUUACCCUUAAAAAAAAAUCCAUACUCAAUGCAAGAAAAAAUGGGAUAUGGUCCAAUGAAGAUUAAUCAUCCUCAGACUAAUAUAAGUUCUUUUAAUGCAUAAUCUAAUCCUAGCAACUAAUAUUAACUUGGAAGUGUCCCUAUGUAGAUUGGUUCAGGGUAAUCAAGAUAAAACGCUCAAAUUAGACCUCCUAACAAUAGUACUGCAAGAAGAACAACUAAUUAGUAUAAUAGUAAUAAUAUGAAUAAGUAUUGA